GGCUCUCGGCAAAGUUCAAGAAGUGCCUAUGGCCAUGAGUGAGCUGGGCACUCGGAAGCCCAGCGAUGGCACUGUUUCUCAUCUGCUCAAUGUGGUGGAGAGCGAGCUUCAGGCAGGGAGGGAAAAAGGCGACCCUACGGAGAAGCAACUUCAGAUCAUCCUGGAGGAUGCACCUCUCUGGCAGAGAUUCAAGGAAGUCACUAAUGAGAUGAUUGUGACCAAGAAUGGCAGACGGAUGUUUCCAGUCCUAAAGAUCAGUGUCACAGGGUUGGACCCCAAUGCCAUGUACUCCCUCCUGCUGGACUUUGUCCCUACGGACAGUCACCGCUGGAAGUACGUCAACGGGGAGUGGGUGCCCGCCGGCAAGCCAGAGGUCUCCAGCCACAGCUGCGUCUACAUUCACCCGGACUCCCCCAACUUUGGGGCCCACUGGAUGAAAGCUCCCAUCUCCUUCAGCAAAGUGAAGCUGACCAACAAGCUCAAUGGAGGCGGGCAGAUAAUGUUGAAUUCUCUGCAUAAAUAUGAACCCCAGGUUCACAUAGUGCGUGUUGGAAGUGCCCAUCGAAUGGUAACAAACUGCUCCUUCCCUGAAACCCAGUUCAUAGCUGUGACUGCCUAUCAGAAUGAGGAGAUAACAGCUCUCAAAAUCAAGUACAAUCCUUUUGCCAAAGCCUUCUUGGAUGCCAAGGAAAGAAAUCACCUAAGAGACGUACCGGAGGCUAUCUCUGAGAGCCAGCACGUGACCUAUUCUCACUUGGGAGGCUGGAUCUUUUCCAAUCCGGACGGAGUGUGCACAGCAGGAAACUCCAAUUACCAGUAUGCCGCUCCUCUGCCUCUGCCUGCUCCCCACACCCACCAUGGCUGUGAGCACUAUUCGGGUCUCCGAGGACACCGGCAGGCUCCCUACCCUUCUGCGUACAUGCACAGAAACCAUUCUCCCUCAGUGAAUUUGAUAGAAAGCUCAAGCAAUAAUCUGCAAGUUUUCUCGGGACCUGACAGCUGGACUUCCUUAUCCUCCACACCCCAUGCCAGCAUCCUGUCUGUACCCCACACCAAUGGACCAAUCAAUCCAGGGCCCAGCCCUUACCCGUGCCUGUGGACCAUCAGCAAUGGUGCCGGAGGCCCCACUGGGCCAGGCCCGGAGGUGCACGCCAGCGCCCCAGGAGCAUUUCUCCUCGGAAACCCAGCUGUGACUUCACCCCCUUCUGUGCUCUCCACCCAAGCACCCACUUCGGCUGGUGUGGAGGUUCUGGGGGAGCCCUCGCUAACCAGCAUUGCUGUGUCCACCUGGACAGCAGUGGCCUCGCAUCCCUUCGCGGGCUGGGGUGGCCCAGGAGCGGGUGGGCACCAUUCUCCUUCCUCACUGGAUGGUUAAGCAGGAUCCUGGGAGCCUCUAUCCCCAGAGAUCCUUCUAUGUGUAGAGUGCUUAGAAACCCCAUCAACUGAUCUAGUAAGUCAGACUGUGGAAUCUUCCUUCCCACUAGCUGGAGGCGGAGGUGGGUUAUUACAGAAGUCAUACUGGGAGAGGGUUCAGUUUAGAUGAUGCUAGUUAGAUCAUUUGCAUCUCUCCACCAUUUUCUUCUGCACUCCCCUUUUCUCUGCAACUUAUUCUUGCCAUGCUUAGGUGACAGAAGUUUGUUAAGUACCGUCCUUGUGCCCUGCCACUUAUUCUCAAAUCGUUCUGGAAAGCCUCACUUCUUUUUCUGUGGAGAAGGUGCAAAGCUGUUUAAUGAGCUCAAAGUUUACCUAGCUAAAGGCCACUGCUUCCUGCUUUGUGCAGCUGGGAAAGUAUGUGUGGCUACAGGGCUCAGGUUCGCACUUCUGCCUUGAGACCAGGACGGGGUGUAAGCCAUAGAGUAAGGUUAACAAAAAGAAUAAAACUAAUCAUGUAUUACUCACAGCAGUGUGCCCAGACUUGUGGAAAUGAAGUGAUGUCACUCCUCUGCUCAGAAACCUUCAAUGGUUCACCAUUACCAAUGGAAUGAAGUCAAUUCUCCUCACUAUAGCUGGGUGUGGUAGCUUAAGCCUAUAAUCUCAGCCCUUUUGGAGGCCAAGGUAAGAGGAUCGCUUGAGGUCAGGAGUUUGAGACCAACCUGUGCAACAAAGUGAGAGCCUGUGUCUACAAAAAAUACACCUACCCACAAAAUUAGCUGGGCAUGGUGGCAUGUGCCUAUAGUCCCAACUACUUGGAGGAGGAUCGCUUGAUCUCAGGAGGUUGAGGCUGCAGUGAACUAUGAUUGUGGCGUUGCACUCCACCCUGGGUGAUAGAUCAAGACUUUGUCUCAUUUG